UAGUAUGUGUGCGCGCUUGAGUGCAAUGCGUGACAGGUCAGGACAAACAGUAUCUUCAUACACCAUGGAGGUACUGGUGACGUGCUGCUUGUUGCUCGCGACGAAAGGUGCUGCCGGUGCUAUUGCUGCUGGAGGAAGAAGUAAUGCAGUGUACCCUGGCGAGGACGCUGCUGCUGAAGGAGGCGCUGAAGGUGCACAGCCACAGCCUCACUUCAUUCUCAUAGUGGCUGAUGAUCUGGGCUGGAAUGACGUCCCGUGGAACAACGAGGCCGUGAAGGCGCCCCACAUGGAAACACUGGCGCGGGAGGGAGUCAUCCUGGAACAGUCUUACGUCCAGCCCAUCUGUACCCCAAGCCGCUCCGCCUUACUCACAGGGCGCUACCCAUUCACCAUCGGGCGCCAGCACGGUGUCAUCCGCCCCGCACAACCUACUGGACUCAAACUCAACCUCACCCUUCUGCCGGAGGCCAUGAAGGAGCUGGGUUAUUCCGCACACGCCGUGGGAAAGUGGCACCUUGGCUUCUGUUCCUGGGACUACACCCCUAUGAAGCGUGGGUUCGAUACCUUCUACGGAUACUACACUGGUGCUGAGGACUACUACACCCAUACGAGGGACUGGACCAUUGGAGAGAUGGAUGAUGACACCACCGCCACCUGGCAGGAAUGUAACAACUUGUACUGUGACUACCCCAUUGUACCUGAUCAAAACACCACAGAAGAAAAACAUCCUUAUCUUGAUCUUAGAAAUAACGAAACUCCAGAUGGAAGCCAAAAAGGGACUUAUUCCUCGGGCCUCUUUGCCUCUAAAGUGGAGGAGCUGCUGGCAAGAGAUCCCCAAGUACCUUUGUUCCUGUACCUGCCCUUCCAAAGUGUCCAUGCACCACUUCAAGUUCCUCCUAAGUACAUAAGACAAUACUCCUACAUCAAAGACCACAACCGGAGGAAGAAGCUUGGUAUGGUGACCGCCAUGGACGAUGCCAUUGGCCGCGUGGUAACCGCUCUCAAGAACACUGGUCACUAUAACAACAGCGUCAUCAUUUUCACCACUGACAAUGGAGGCCCUACAAUCUCAGCAGGCAACAACUGGCCGCUAAGGGGUAACAAAUCUACCAUCUGGGAGGGGGGCACAAGAGGCGCUGCUUUUGUACACAGCCCCCUCCUUCCCAACCCAGGCUCCUCCACUCCUACGCUGAUCCACAUCACUGACUGGUUCCCGACGCUGGUACAGAUGGCGGGGGGCGUGCCGCCUGAAGGGAUUCAUGGCGUGGACCAGUGGCGCGCCAUAACAGAAGCAGGACUCCCUCAGCGCUUCCUCAUGGUCUACAACAUCGAUAACACCACGAGUUUCACAGCUGGUGUCAGGAUGGGGAGGUAUAAACUCCUGGUGGGGAAUCCUGGCCCUGGGGAGUGGACGCCACCGCCAGAGGGCAUCCAAAAGAUCCCCAGAAUAGGACACCCUCUCUCUGACUCCUUUACCUCCACUGCCUUAACUCCUGACGGGGACCAUGGAGUAAAUGGCACAGAUAGUAAUGCUAUUGCUAUUGAAGAUGAAGAACAGCAACGAAAACUGGUGACAGAGGAGAGCAAGGAGGGGAAUAGGGAGGAAUACACAGAGCCUCAUGUCUUUGGAAGGGAAGUGAGUCGUCUGUUGCUGGAGAUGAGCGGAAGGAACGACACCCAAAUACGACUCUACGACCUGUUCAGUGAUCCUGUGGAGCAGCACAACAUGGCCGCCACAAGCACGCAGGUGGUCAAGGCGAUGGUGACGCUUCUGAAGGAGUUACGUGCUUCAAUAUUCCUUCGCUGACAUUCCUGACGAAGUAGAAGACGCAGAUCCUAGCAACUUUGAUGAAGUGUGGUCCCCUGGCUGGUGCUGAGGGGCUGCUUCUGCUGCUGCCAUGACAUCGACUAGUGCUGCUGCUACUGCUGCUGCUGCUGCUACUAUUACUACUACUAUUACUACUACUACUGCUACUACUACUACUAGUACUGCUGCUGCUGCCCACUACUACUACUAUUACUGCUAUUUCUACUCCUACCACUACUACUAUUACUACUACUACUACUAAUAAUAAUAAUAAUAAUACUAGUAUUGCUACUAUUACUACUACAACAACAACAACAACAACAACAACAACAACAACAACAACAACAACAACAACAACAACAACAACUACUACUACUGCUGCUGCUAACUACUACUACUACUACUACUACUACUACUACUACUACUACUACUACUACUACUACUACUACUACUACUACUUUUAUUCUCCGUCUUCUUACACUACUUAAACGCCAUUUUUCUCUCUCCCAGAAACCUUCUCAAGUCACCAUUUCCACUCUGCAGACCGGUGCCGUCACAAGAGUGAUGCACUUAGAGUUCGCACGAAAAGAACAAGGGAGUGCAUUUUUGGUGUCACUUUUUUUUUCAUUAUUCUUCUAUGUAUGAAGGCAUAAACUACAUAAAGGAACCAAAAUA